AAUUAGCUGAUGAGAUAUUAAAGGACUUAUUUUGGUGAAGGACGUCAAUGGUGUUUGGACCAUUGGCACUUCUGGCCGAAUUUAUGGUAUGAUGCAAUUCCAAACUAACUUGGAAUGCUCCCGUUCUGGAAAUUUUGAGGCUGUUAGCAGGUCUGGCCAUAAACUGAGGCUGAGAGCUUGGGGAGAGCCAAAGAUGAUCCAACCCAAUAAAGCAAAGGAGUGAUCGAUCCAUAGAAGAAAGCUUAAUUCUGAGCUGACAAUGGUAGGGUUCUCGACGUGGUUCCGUUAUUUCGCAACCAAGCUAGAGUACUCCGUCGCCCUCAGCUGGAAGACCUACGGGCAAGGCCAAAUUGCAGAUAAUGAAAUUUUCAAUUCUAUAAGGAGAAAUUUACUUCAAGGAAGGUUGACAUUCUUGCAUUGUAACAAAGCAGAAGUUACCGCGCCGAUGUCUGGGAUGCUCAGCGGAACACUUCUUGUUCGGAAAAUCGCAGCUGCUGAUCCUAGGAGAGUUAGGAUAGGAGACGUAGUAGUCCUAAAAGACCCCGCCAAUCCCAACAAUUAUCUCGUCCGGAGAGUAGCUGCCGUUGAAGGUCACGAGAUGGUGUCCGACAAUCCAGAUGACGACUCUUUUGUCCUCGCGAGAGACCAUUGCUGGGUAUUAGCCGACAACAAACGACUAAAGCCCAAGGAAGCCUACGACAGCCGGACAUUUGGCCCUGUCGCUAUGUCGUGCAUAGUUGGCAGAGCCUUGUACUGUCUGAGAAACGGCGUUGAUCAUGGACCCGUCCACAACAGCAUAUUUAGCCGGAGGCAGGAUUCAGCUGUUCUUGAAGUGGAACUGAACGUCGAUGAGAUGACCCGAAAUCACAAACCAUAGAGAAGAGAAGAGAAUACCAAAAUUUUCGCCAAAUUUGUACGUACACUUAUUUAUUUGUUUCUCCUUUUGUUGUUGUUGUUAGUGUGCUUUCAUGUUUGCGCAUAGUUAAGGUUGUCGAUCGAUGACGAGUCGAGUCAGAGUUGAGUCGAGUAGUUCGUUGAGCAGAUUGUGUUGGAUAUAUAGAUCGAUAGAAAUACUUGGCAUGUGUGACUCAAUUAUGUAUAUUGUAGAUGAUUUUGAAGGUUUUACUUUAAUUUACUUAACAGAUUUCAUUUUUAAUAUUAAUUCGAGUUGAGGCUCA